UCCGGAGGAGAGCGAGAAGGAGAGAGGGAAAGAGAGAGAACUUCGGGCUUUACAUUACACACAGACACGGGAAAAGGACGACUGCGUGGGACAGUUGUUAUAUACAUUUUGUGUCUUUUAAUUUUUAAAUCAACGUUUACACGUGCGCUUACGGUUGUAGUGGAUGUAAAGGGAUUAGAAUAGAUUCGGGGGAAUGUAUCCUGAUCGGGCAACAGUGACCGACCGUCUUCCGAGAUGUCAACUCAACAUUCUCCGGGCCAUCAUGCUACUCCAAGCCGUUCUAGAGAUGACUGCAACCAGGUUUGAAGACCCUAGUGUGAUGGGCGCUUCCACUUGGAACAGCUCAGACCUGUUUCUUCGUCUGGAGGCUCCUAUGAACAACAUCACCACGUCUCUGGGCCAGACGGCAGAGCUGCUGUGUCGCGUUUCCGGUAACCCCCUUCCCACGGUGCGCUGGCUGAAGAACGACGCUCCCGUGGUCCAAGAGCCUCGCCGGAUCUCCUACCGGCCCACGCCCUACGGCUCCCGCCUCCGCAUCCGUAACUUGGACACCACAGACACCGGCUACUUCCAGUGUGUGGCCACCAACAGCUACGGCACCGUCUCCACCACCGGAGUACUCUUCGUCAAGUUUGAUCCACUCCUCACCCCUCUGCCAGGGAGACCCUCUGCGGAUGAUUUUGAUGAAGAGGGGUUUUGCCAGCCGUACAGGGGCGUAGCUUGUUCUCGCUUCAUAGGGAACCGCAGCAUCUUCGUCGACUCGCUGCAGAUGCAGGGCGAGAUCGAGACCCAGAUCACAGCCGCCUUCACUAUGAUCGGAACGUCCAACCACCUGUCGGACCGCUGCUCCCAGUUCGCCAUCCCGUCUCUGUGCCACUUUGCCUUCCCUACAUGUGACCGCAGCUCUGGGGUAGACAAGCCCAGGGACCUGUGUAAGGAUGAAUGUGAGAUCCUGGAGAAUGACCUGUGUAAGACCGAGUACAUCAUCGCCCGUUCCAACCCCAUCAUCCUGAAGAGACUGAAGCUGCCGAACUGUGAGGACCUGGCAGCACACGACAGCCCAGAGGCUGCUAUCUGUAUGAGGAUAGGGAUCCCCAUGGCUGAGCCCAUCAACAAGAACCACAAGUGUUUCAACAGCAGUGGUUCUGCCUACCGCGGGACGGUCAGUAAGACCAAGUCGGGUCGUCAGUGCCAGCCCUGGAACUCUCAGUAUCCUCACAGCCACACCUACCUGGCGUUGCGCUACCCAGAGCUCAGCGGAGGCCACUCUUACUGCCGUAACCCCGGCAACAAGCAGGAGGGACCAUGGUGUUUCACCCUGGACGAGGGAGUCCGCAUGGAGCUCUGUGACAUCUCCGUCUGCGAUUAUAAGGAGAACCGUGGGGGCAGUAACAUGGAGAUUCUUUACAUCCUGGUCCCGAGCGUAGCCAUCCCUCUGGCCAUCGCCCUCCUCUUCUUCUUCAUCUGUGUGUGUCGUAACAACCAGAAGGCUGCCCGACCCCCAGCGCCCAGACAGCCCAAACCUGUCAGAGGACAGAACGUAGAGAUGUCCAUGCUCACCAACUACAAACCCAAGAGUAAGGCCAAGGAGCUCCCCCUCUCUGCGGUGCGGUUCAUGGAGGAGCUCGGUGAAUGUGGAUUUGGUAAGAUCUACAAGGGCCACCUGUACCUGCCUGGUAUGGAGCAAGCCCAGCUGGUUGCCAUCAAGACCCUGAAGGACUACUCCAGCCCUGGCCAGUGGGGUGAAUUCCAACAGGAAGCGUCGGUCAUGGCUGAGCUUCACCAUCCCAACGUGGUGUGUCUGCUGGGUGUAGUGACCCAGGAACAGCCUGUCUGCCUGCUGUUUGAGUUCCUAAACCAAGGGGACCUCCAUGAGUUCCUCAUCAUGCGCUCUCCUCACUCUGACGUGGGCUGUAGUAGCGACGAGGACGGGACUGUCAAGUCCAGCCUGGACCACGGAGACUUCUUGCACCUGGCCUUACAGGUGGCUGCUGGGAUGGAGUACCUGGCCAGUCACUUCUUCGUCCAUAAGGACCUGGCGGCCCGUAACAUCCUGGUGGGAGAACAGCUCCACGUCAAGAUCUCUGACCUGGGCCUGUCCAGAGAGAUCUACACCUCAGACUACUACAGGGUCCAGCCCAAGGCUUUGCUCCCUAUCCGCUGGAUGCCUCCAGAGUCCAUUGCCUAUGGGAAGUUCACGUCGGAGUCAGACAUCUGGGCGUUUGGCGUGGUGCUGUGGGAGAUCUUCAGCUACGGCCUGCAGCCCUACUACGGCUUCAGUAACCAGGAGGUCAUGGAGAUGGUGAGGAAACGUCAGCUGCUGCCCUGCCCAGAGGACUGCCCCCCCAGGGUCUUCGGCCUGAUGACAGAGUGCUGGCAGGAGGGCCCGGCGAGAAGACCACGUUUCAAAGAUAUCCAUGGUCGUCUGAGGGCCUGGGAGGGGCUGUCAUCCCACGCUAGUUCUAGUACCCCAUCAGGAGGCGGGGGCAACGCCACAACUCAGACCACCUCGUUGAGCGCCAGUCCGGUCAGUAACCUUAGCAACCCGCGCUAUGCCGCCGCUGCAGGCUACCUCUACCCAGCCCAGGGGAUGCCUGCGCAAGGUCAUCCAGGCCACCAGAUGGCAGGCUGGACCCCUAUGACCCAUGGAGCGCCCAUGGCCCAGAACCAACACCAACGCUUCAUCCCUGUCAACGGGUACCCCAUCCCCCCAGGAUACGCUGCCUUCCCUGCGGCCCACUUUCAGGCCCAGGGCCCCCCCAGGGUGGUGCAGCACCUCCCCCCGCCCAAGAGCAGAUCUCCCAGCAGCGCUAGCGGCUCCACCAGCACCGGUCACGUGACAAGCGUGCCCUCCACGGGGUCCAAUCAGGAUGCGAACACGCCGCUGCUGUCACACUGCGUGGCAAUAUCCGCCCUGCCAGGGGGCGGGACCAUGCAGGUGUACGGACACAUGUCCCAGAAGGCUUUGCAGCAGAUGGACCCCUCACAGACGUCCGCGCUGCUGGCCGACGCCAACAGACUCAUGUAUAGCGAAUCGGUCAUCACUGCAGACCUGUAAAUACACUACAUACCUGUACUAUAUAUCACCUGGUUGAUUUUAUGUUUUUGUUUCGUUUUUUUUUUGUACGAAAGUUAUUAUAAUAAUUGUUUCAACUUUCUACUUUACUUGUAAAUACGUGUACGUAAAUCCUGAAUGAACGAGAUGCAAAGAUUUAUAUUCAAAAGAACCAAAAAGAGACAGCAAGCGUGUCCUGCCCCCUAUUCUGAAACUCAAACUGCCUUGAUAGGUUUUUUUUAGUGAUGCUACUCCGUUUGCCUGCCUGGACCCCGGGAUUUAUAAGCUCAAGAGAAGGUCAACAAUAACACACCUGUCAAUAUAAUGACUCCAUCACUCGGGCAUCAUUGUGAAUAACCUCCCAUUGAGGUCAGUAAAUCUUCCAAGACUCCCGUUGACGUCAGAAUGAUUUCCGCGGAGGUCUGAGCUGCACGGAGCCCUUCUGGUAGCUACAAGAUGUACUGCAGCAUGGUGUGCUGUUGGUUGGACUGGAGGGACCAUGUACUGCAGCCAAUGCCAGGUGUGCUGUUGGUUGGACUGGAGGAGCCCUGUAUUGAAGCAGCGGGAGUCCCCGGUUGUGUUGUCAGUUGGACUGUGUAUUCAGUUGAGCCUGUGUCAGCAAAUCUGCCUGGCUGGCAUCCCUACAGUGCACCUCUCCUCCAGGAGGCUAAGCCCCCCCUCUAGGGAUAUGUGAACUUCAAAGACUUCUGAUUUGACUUCAAAGCGGCCCGUGGAGAAGGAACGAGGCCCUACCUACGCAACGCUAUGCAAUAACAUAGCGCUCAUACCCUCUGCUUCACUCUCCACAGAUGUGUGCCUCCACAGAUGUGUGCCUCCACAGAUGUGUGCCUCCACAGAUGUGUGCCUCCACAGAUAUGUGCCUCCACUAGACUCUCUCUCGUUCUCAAUACAGGGUUCUGUCAACUCGUAUGCAAUGAUAUACUGUAGCUACUAGGAUCGAAUCAGAACAGUGUUUAAACCAGCCGUACUUCUCUCGCCAGUCUGUGUCCAUGUCUGUCCUCCUCUUUCUUAUCAUCUCAUAUCUGCUACAAUCAGCUAUGCAAUGUGGCUCUUACAUUGGCUAUGCAGACUUUGAUGGAUAAUUCUAUUGUCUGUUUGAUGAUAUAUAGAAGUGGGACUAACAAAUGUAUGCUGAUCAUUACAACUUCUUUGUCAAAAACAAUUCAUGAUAUAAAAAAAGUAUGUUCCACUAUAGACUGAAUGAAUGAUGAAAGGCUUUUGAUAAAAUACGGGGGGGUGAAUGAGAAAUCCUUCCACAUUUUAGCACACAGCUCACAGAAGCAGCUACAAUACAGUAUAUUUCACCUCAGUUGAAUGUGUUUGUUGCUAUGCAACUGUUUAGUUUAAAAGACGCACCCUUUGCCCGUACAGAAAGAGGACAAUCAUCGGUUUACCCUUGGUAGCACUUGCCUUCCAUGUUAACUUUGGUAUAAUACACAUGUCUGUAAUGUUAAGUGCAUCCUUAUAUUUCAUCAAGUUACAAAGUCUACUAUCCUGACAUUUUCUGUGAUGUGUCAAUUAGUCCGAUACUGUCGAGAGGUACAAACCUGCUCUUUAGAUGAAGGUUUUGGUUUGUUUAAAUUCCACAUAUCUUUUUUUUUUUUUUUCUAAAGCAGGUUUACCUUCCUAGGUAUCUGGAGUUUUAUACAGGUAUCUUUUGAUAAAUGUAUAUGAAUUUAAGUGCAUAUAUACCAGUUCAAAACCACUUAAACACAAGACUGUGAAUCUUGGGACUGGCUAUUUUGUGUAGUUAAAAAAAAAAAAAUGUUUAGAUCCGUUUCUUUUUCUAAGACAGUCUUUUCACAAAACUUUUUUAGAUCGCAGUAUUACAGUGUAUUCAUAAGAAAGGUUUACAUGCAGAAUAUUCUAUUGACCAAGAGGCCUUGUCUUUGUGUUUGUCGGAAGAUUUUUGCACAGAUGUUUUGUAUGGCAAAAUAUAAUUAAAUAAUUCAAUGUUUUUGUCAUAUUGGGUCGUAUCAUUAUUCCUGGAAAAGCCUAUGUUAGUAUCUAUGAAUUGUUACAUUUUGCAGGCUCUGGAUAGUAGUUUGUUGUGUUGAUAGAUAUUCCAGAACAUUCUGGUUGAACAAUGUUGUGUUGACUAUAUAGGACCACAAGGGAGCAGCAAUUGCUUAAUCUGUAUCCCCAGCAUUGGUAACCAUAAUGUCCAAACCAUAUUUGUUUCAAAACCAUCUUUGACCACACGAUGGUGCAAUUCAGCUUUUUGUCAUAAUAGCGUUUGUCCAGUAUUAGUUUGUGAGUCUCAGCUCACGUCACUUGAAAUACAUUUGAAUGGUAAGAUAGUUCAAAUGAAUACUUGUAUAUGUUUUUUGAAAAAAAAUACCCUUGCUCGCAUUAUCCGGGUGUGUGUGUUUCUGUGAAUGUGUGUGGUAUCUUGGUGUGUGUGAGUUUAACUUCAAUCCUGGCUGGAAUCACUUUCUGUAAAAAGGACAAGGAGUGUGUGUGUUUUGCCAAGGAAAAGGGAGAGUAAUGGUGCACAUAUGGAGAGAUGAUUAGAUGAACACACUCCUGGCAGGGAGAGCUGGUCCUCAUGAAGUGUGUGUGUGCGUGAGUGAGUGUGAUGUGGGGAAUGUUUUUAAUCAGGACUAUGUCCAGCUCCAACUGUUCCCAUUUGGAGCAAUCACGGAAUUCUCUGUUAUGAUUCUGGAAUGUUGCACGCUCUCAACCAGUUUCUUCACCACUGCUCUCUUAAAGUAAACUCAGAGAGCAGUGAACGAGAAACGGCCCAAAUCUGGUGCAGUCCAUGAGGAGGAGAUGCACUGCAGUACUUAAUGCAGCUGGUGGCCACACCAGAAAGUGACUGUUACUUUUGAUUUUGACCCCCCCUUUGUUCAGGGACACAUUAUUCCAUUUCUGUUAGUCACAUGUCUGUGGAACUAAACGUUCAGUUUAUGUUUCAGUUGUUGAAUCUUGUUAUGUUCAUACAAAUAUUUACACGUGUUAAGUUUGCUGAAAAUAAACGCAGUUGACAGUGA